AUGGGUACUUCUCAACAGCGAAUGCAACUGGGUCGAAGGAAUCGACGGGCAGCGGAGGUGGUGGAGAGGCCUCAUUUGCUGCGUGAGCCCGACUCCGAACCAUCUAGCGGUGAGGCGCCCUCCGCCCCCUCGGCCCCCUCCGCGCCCUCGGCCGCAGCGGCGCCCGUGGCGCCUUGCGAGGCCGCCGAUGCCGAGGCGGAAGAGAUCACCAGGAAGAUGAAGCACAUCAGUACCUGGAACGGAGCCAUAACCGACAAGUACUACUGGUCGCAGUCGCUGCAAGAGGUGACCAUCGAGGUGGAAGUUGGCACCUGCAAGGCUGCGGACUUGAAAGUGGAAAUGACUGCGACGAGGCUCACUGUGAAGAGGGGAGAGGAGACGAUCCUCUCCGGCAAGCUGCAUGAAAAGAUUCUUCCCGAGGAGUCUGUGUGGCACCUUGAGGACGAGCAUCAGGUCAUGCUGUCCUUGCAGAAGUCCAGGGAGACCUGGUGGAAGUGCGUCCUCGAGGGCGACCCCGAAAUCGACACGACGAAGGUAGAGUCGACUCGAAAGAUGGAGGAAUACGAUGGCGAAACGCAGGGUGCCAUAAGGAAGAUCAUGUUCGACCAGAACCAGAAGGUCCAGGGCAGGCCCAGCUCAGAUCAAAUCCGCACAGCAGAGAUGAUGAAGGAUGCCUGGAACGCACCAGGUUCUCCCUUCCGAGGUACGGAUUUCGAUCCGACGAUGUUAAACUUGUCGGGACCUGUUGGCGAAGAGUUCUUCAAGGCUCUUGAGAGCAUCUCCUUCCCGGCCAGCUCACGGAAAAAUGUCCGGCGAGAAGGGGCCAAGGGAGAAAUCCUGGGCAUGUGUUUGGGCAUGACGGAGUGCUACGUGAAGGGUCCGGUCCCGUCGCGGCACACGCGCCAAAGGCCGAAUCUAUGCCGCCUUCUCUGUAUGCUAUCCUGUCUUUUCCAUUGUUGGGCCACGGUGGAUCCUUGUUUGCUAAUUUCCUUCCAGGAGCUGCCAGGCUUUCACUUCACGUCCAUCCAGGUGAACAAAGACUACGCCGCAGAGCUGCAUGUUGACAAGAAGGAUGCUGGGGACUCGCGCAUCCUGGGACUGGGCAGCUACAUCGGUGGGCAGCUCUGGGUGGAUGAUGCGAGUCAUGGUCAGCGUGGCCGCAUCGCAGAUAUCCGGGGUCGCUGGCUUGGCUUUGACGGCAACCUCCCACACAAGGUCCUUCCCUUCAGCGGCCGCCGGUACACCCUCGUCUAUUUCUCGAAGUUGCGUGGCUGGAGCGUUGGCCGCAACCCGCAGUCCCCGCACGCAAAGCUCCUGGUCGAUCUGGGCUUCCCGUUGCCAACAGCGCCUCCUCGCAUCAAGGAGCUCCUCCGAAGCGAGCAGAGGCUAAAUCGUGCCCGGCGUCGCUACGAGGCAUUUUGCGCGCACACCUUACGACGGGGUGGCGCAGGGAGGCGGCUAAGGAUGGAUGUGGUGCUUCCUGGUCUCUCCCGUGCACUUCGUUGCGAAGCCUCCACGGCGGUUCCGGUGGGAGCCGUCGCUUCGCGACUUUCCAAGGAAGACCUCGGAUCCCAGACGGAGGACAGCUGCGAGCUUUACUUGGGCUCCCUGCCAUUGCUCCCAAGUGAUCGGCCAGCACGCUUGGCAUUGCCGCGGAAGGUUCUUUGCAACCUCCGCACGGCCCGCAAAUCAACAUUGCCGGUACCGGUGACGCCCAAGAGGCGCAGAUUGAGUUCGUCGAGGGGGAAUGAGAGGACUCCUUCACCUCCGCCCAGACCUGUAGUGCCCACCAGAACAGCGAAAUCGGAUGAGAAGCUUGAUGAGGCUUUCGACAGCGAUGAUGAGCGGCCGAUAGGUAUGCUUUUCAGGGCUCUUCCCCGACAUGCCAGAUGA